AUAGAUUCAAGCUUGUGACCCAACUUUGAGCCCACUUUUCCUUUUCCUUCUCCUUCUCAUUUUGCUUUUGUUGCCUUCCGACCGCACAUUGCGUACAUCGUCAAAGGGUCUGAAAAAAGCGAGAGGAAACCCACUGGCUAAGUAAUGCCCCAGUACUGUUCAGUAUUCACUACAAUAUAUAGUCUGAUCAACUUCUUUGCUGUAGUGACAAUAUGAUAUAUGAUUUACAUCUUAAAUUUGUGAAGAAUGCUCAAAAUGCAAGUUAGGUUCGUUGAACCAAGGGCUUUUGAGGUUUGAUUUAAAGAAUUUUUUUAUAUUGGAGUAAGGUAUUAGCUUAGAAAUAAGAUAUGGGUGCCAAUAGUGCAUUGGAGCACGUUCUCAAGGAAAUACUUCAAGUGGUCCAGCCCCUGCACGAGGAUCAGGAGAAACGGUAUCGAGUUAUUGAUGAACUGCGAAGAGUCAUCGAAUCUGUGGAAAGCCUGAGAGGUGCAACAGUGGAGCCAUUUGGUUCAUUUGUUUCCAGUCUGUUCACAAGAUGGGGUGACUUGGAUAUUUCUAUUGAUUUGCCCAACGGUUCUUAUAUUUCAUCUGCUGGGAAAAAGCGCAGAAAGAAAUUGCUGGGAGAUGUACAGAUAGCUUUGAGACAGAGAGGUGGAUGGCGAAAGUUGCAAUUGAUCCCUAAUGCAAGAGUUCCAAUUCUAAAAUUCGAGAGUAGCCGCCAAAGCAUCUCUUGUGAUAUGUCGAUUGAUAACAUACAGGGCCAAAUGAAGUCCAAACUCUUGUUUUGGGUCAGUGCGAUAGAUGGGCGCUUUCACAAUAUGGUUUUACUGGUCAAGGAAUGGGCAAAAGCACAUGGCAUAAAUAAUCCAAAAGCUGGGACCUUCAAUUCAUACUCUCUCUGUCUGCUUGUGAUCUUCCAUUUUCAGACUUGUGUCCCUGCAAUAUUACCACCUCUCAAGGAUAUUUACCCGGGAAAUCUUGUCGAUGAUCUUCAAGGUGUGAGGACUAAUGCAGAGAUACGCAUUAAAGAAAUAUGUGCCGCUAACAUAAGAAGGUUCAGACAAGACAGGUUCAGGCGAGUGAAUCGAAGUUCGUUGUCUGAACUUUUCACUUCAUUCCUUGAAAAGUUUUUUGACAUAGGAUUGAAGGCCUCAGAGCUAGGAAUUUAUCCCUAUACAGGCCAGUGGGAGCGCAUAGAUAGCAAUAUGAGAUGGUACCCCAAGACUUACACAAUACUUAUUGAGGAUCCAUUUGAGCAGCCAGAAAAUUCCGCAAGGGCAGUUAACAUGAGUAAAUUGACACUGAUAUCUGAAGCAUUCCAGACGACUUACCGGAGGCUUAUUUCUGCCAAUCAGAAUAAGGGUUCUCUCGUAGCAGCAUUAGUUCGACCAGAAGUAUCUCAAAGUAUUAUUCCAAGACCACGUGUUUGGAACCCAACUCACAAUGGCGGGCACCAUCAGUCCCACCCAACUCGUCCACAGGUGCACAGGAGCUUGCACUCAAUCUCACAAGCUCAACAUCAAUUUCAGAACUUGAGGUUAGGAAGCCGGUCCAACAUUAUAACCCUGCAGAAUCACAAUCAAGGCCAGCAAAUGCGGAGACCAAGAUUUGAUGGAUACAUUGGAUAGUUUGGUUGUUACGCUUGAAAGUUGUAAUUAGCACCAACUUGUUUUGAUGUUUUCCAGUAUACAAUUGUUGGAGAUUAUUACGAUGGAAUCCUAGUGAACUCUGGAGAAGAUAAGUGAGAAGAGAAGUCUGAAGUGUUGUCGUGAGGACUAGGGUUACAUGACUUCGGGAAUGGGCUGGCAAGGCCCAGUCCAGUAUGAAGUCUAUUGAUGUUUUAGAAUUCGUCCAGUACCGGUUGUUGUAUUUCUUUGUUUUAUUCCGUGAAGUUGUUAGAGUACUGUCAGAGAAUAUUCCCUAUGAUUUGGCAGAGUUUGUUACGUGCUCUAUUCAUAUACAUGGUUGUUUCCUUCUGUAAGGAUAUCAAUGAAUGCAUAAGUUUUCGAGUA